UACAGAUGAAGUAGGACACGGAUUAUAUCGAUAUGCUACAACGCCACUGUGUUCUCUGGAAUAAAUCCUCUGUAUCGCAUCAGUGAAUGCGGGCAUCUUUCUGGCCAAUGCUUUGUUACAGCGUCGUGAUUACGCUCUUUUCAGACAGGCAGCGUCGCGCCUGUCAUUUUUAGCUCCUAUCCAAUCACGCCAUCAUUUUUUUUGCUGGGUGGGUAAUUCAAAAUGUAGCGUCAACAUCUAAAGGCAGACUUCCUCUCUCCCACAGCUCGAUCCGCACUUCAAAUGAACCACCAUGUCAGUGAUAUUUUAGGAGCUUUGCUGUGGUCGGACAUUAGUCUGCUGCGAAUUUUGACAGACGUUCAAACGGACAUCGUUGGUACGCCGGUUGAUGGAGGAGCAUCACGAGGCUGGAUGGGGAGAUGAGAUAUAUAUUGGAUUAAAUUCAGCAUCUGCCCCAGAUAUCACCCGCUGAACACCCGAGCAUACGUCAGGGCUGUGAGUAGAUGGUGCUCUUACAAGCACGUGGAAAAACGACUGUUAUUUCUACAUCGUUUCCGUAUUAUUAUGACCUACAAUGCGUCAAAGUGAAUCAAAAUUGAGCAUGCCAAUAGAGGUGGCAUAAUUCAUUUUCCAACAUGAUGCAUAACUAACGUUACUUUAUAUUUAUAAAUUUUAAAGUAAUUGGAUGCUAAUCAAUUUGAAUUGCAAGUUAAAACGCAGAUAAUACCGUUCGAUGGUAUAUUGCCCAUCUGGAUACUGAUUGAGUAAUAACACCAUUAUGACAUUAGUCGAAUAUAAGCUGUGAAAGUGGAAAGGGUAUUAUUACAAGUUAUGUGUAAAAUGCAUUUCUGCAAAUUCUUGGAGGCAGCUGGGUAAAAGUAGGAUUAUAAUCCUUUACCAUCGUUGUUUAGCUUGGUAGCAUUGGAGAGAAGCUGACACACAUUGUAAUAUAUAUAACAGCUACAUAUCCUACAUUAUAUGUUUAAUAUAUAGGGUUGAACUAUUUGAGCCCCAAACAUUAUUUUCAAUAGAAGCUACUUUAUUUUAACCCAUAAGAACCCAAACCCAUUUUUCCUUAAAGGAAAAUUAUAGUGGGUAUAAAACAGACUAAAUGGACCACAUGGAACACAUUUCUGAAAGUGACAACUGUUCGCCGUGGGUUCUUAAGGGUUAACAUUUUUUACAGUGUACAGGUUUAGAACUAUUUGGUCUAAACGCCUUGGUGUGAGGGUGAGGGUGAGGGAGGGGCCUAUAAAAUAUAUUCAAGCUUACUUGAUAGCAGAACAUGUGCAAACAGCAUCAGACACCUUGCUUUAGAUAAGUAAAAAUAAGAAAAAGAUAAGAUUAAUCUUUUUUACAAGAAUGGCUGACUCAAUCUGCAAUGCCUCUGCCAGUGGAGAUCUACCCACAGUGUUGUUUUUGCUGGAAAAUGGAGCAGAUGUUAAUGGCUUAAACACAUACAACAGGACUGCACUGCAGGUCGUGAACUUGGGCAACGCAGACGUGGUCGAGGCUCUUCUCCGGGCAGGGGCAGACCCCGACCUACGCGACCCGGACUGCAGUCUCACGGUGAUGCACGACGCCGCGCGCGCGGGAUACGUCGAUUCUGUGCGCGUGCUGCUGGACUACAGUGCAGAUACAAACGUCGUUGACAAGAAGGGUAAUCUGCCGCUUCACCUGGCCGCCAUGCAGGGCAAUCUGGAGGCGACCCAGCUGCUGAUCGGACGCACCGCAAAUCCGCGCGCCCCCAACAGCGCGGGAGACACCGCCGGGCAGCUCGCGCACAUUCACAAGAGGGUGAAAACUGCCAAAUACAUCGACGACUAUUUGAGCUCAGACUAAAGGACGAGGAGGAUGAAGAUAACCCCCCCUUUAAGUGUCACAGCUCUGCCACCAUUAUCCUGUUUUUUCCAUCUCUCACUCACCUAAUCUGUUUAUUCAGUGCAACUGCCAGUCACACCUCGUCAGCUCAUUACUCUCACCUGCUCACUCUGCUGCAUCCACUAUUUAAACCCCAGUCACACACGCACUCACUGCCAUAUUGUCAUGUCUACCCGUUUGGCGACCGUGUGUGACUGCUCCCGGUUUCCCCGUCUCGUCCUGUUGGAUUUCCCUCCUCGUCUCUUGUCUCGUCCGUGGAUUCCCUGUUGUGUUCCUGUACAUUUCCUA